AGGCAGACAGCCAUUUUUGACAUAGCUUAAUGAUAACCAUGAUACCGGAGUAUAUAACGUAGACGACAGAUAUCAAUAUGGUUUUGAUAUCGAAGAACUCAUAUCCUCUCGCUGUUGUGUUUACCUUAGUUGUUCUCCUUGCCGUCUAUGGAUACAAUAAAGACAUUGCCUUGACCUUUUGGGCGAAUGUCUACAAAGAAAAAUUCAACAAGUGUGAUAAAGAUAUUGAUGAGAAGCAAAUAUACAGAUUACCUGCGGAUCCGGUGCUGGACAGCAUGGAUGACAGUUCUUUGUACCAAACAUUCUGGAAGUAUAUAAAUACAUGCCAGGUUAGCUGCAAAAAUCUUACAAGACUUGGGCCGCCAGAUGAUGACAAGGGCAAGAAUGUAUGCGCAGAUGACAUUUUCAAGUCAAAACCCUCAUCUUGCCUAGUCUAUUCGUUUGGAUCCAAUUUUAAUUUCAAAUUUGAGGAGGCUGUAUGGGCAAGGUACAAGUGUGAAAUACACACUUUUGAUCCAAGUCGAGCUUUAAAUGGAGUAACAAUACCAACUGGAGUAAACUUCCACCUGAUUGGACUUUCUGGUAACAACUUUGUUCGUUCAGAGCCCGACAAUUGGAGAACAUUACAAAAAUACAAUACCAAAACCUGGAAUAUGCAGACCCUAUCGUCAAUUCGGAAAUCUCUGAAUCAUACAAACAGGAUUAUCGAUAUUCUGAAAAUAGAUAUAGAAGGAUGGGAGUGGAGUACCCUGCCUGAGAUAAUGGGGUCUGGUGUCCUACAGUACGUUAAACAAAUCUGUCUUGAAGUACAUUUCGGAUAUGGUAUCAAAGUUUUUCAUCAUGAAAAGAAGUCAGACACUUAUGAGUUUACGUCAGAAAAGUGGGGAAACGUCCAAAUCCCCGACCAGCUAAAAGUCUUGAGAAACCUUUUUAAAAGCGGGUUCCGAAUUUUCAAGUAUGAUCCAAUAACAGGCUGGGCAUCGAGACACGUGAAUAAUCCUAGUCAAGAUGUAAACACUUUAGUUGAAAUAUCAUUAGUGAAUAUCAAUUGGACAUUGGCAGUUCACAGAUAGUUCACAAAAAAUGUUUAGCACUAUGGUAUCUUUUUCAAUGAACCCCUUGCCAAGUUGUCUGUUAAGCUAAUGGCCAGUUAAAUUUUGAUUAAGAAUAUUGGUCAUAAAGUUAAUCUACCUUUAAUUACCUUUUAAAAAUUUCGAACAGCUUGUUUUUACAUGUCACGUGUUCAUUGUCACAGACACUUAGGGCAUUAAAAUAGUAUUUUAAAAAUGUGCAAAUGUAUCUAGUCAGUAUUGUAAGAAAUCAUCAAAAAUGUGUUAUUACUACGGAUGGCAACGAGUAGCAUUUUUGGUAUUCGAAUAUUUGGUCAACCUUCCUAACAAAUAUUGGAAUAUUUGGUCGUUAAAUGAUCAACAAAUCAACUCAGAAUCCUACAUGUUUAUCCUAUGUGAUUAUUCAUACAUUAAUCAGCGAUAUGCAUUAAUUCUUUUUUCAUUUACACCGGAAGUAAUUCGGACAUUGAUGAGUUAAGAAUGACAAAUCGUUCUCAUAGCUUGUUCCUCUUUUGGAGUACAAAAUAUUCGUUAUUUGCCUUCAAAUACAUAUAAUUUAUAUCUGAUUUAUUUAUUUCUUACAGAGAUGUAGCCCUUGCUUAAGUAAGGCUCUCUUCACACUAUUUCACAUAGUCGACUUCCUAUCGGAUGAUUGUAUGAAAUACUCCAAAAUGGCAGGAGGCAUUGCUUGCAUUUUGACAGUAGAUUCGCGUAUAAUUUCAAUCAAAUGAGGUGUUUUAGACUGCGGGUUUGGGGAGUCUAAUAAGGAUGAUAUAAAGAAAAACAAAAAUUUCACUCUCUAAAUAUUGAGAACUUACCUAAUUUAAAAAAAUGUUAACCAUAUGAAAUAUGUUUAUUUGUCGUCCGAUUUACGUAAAAACAAAAGUUCAUAUGCAUCCAUCUGACUUGUUGUCUAUACUUUUCUUUACUCAGAUACAUCUUAUAUCGACUUUGAUUAAAAUCCAAGUCAUUAGUUCAAGUGCUGUGUAAUGAUUUUUAAUUACACACGGUUCGCACUUACCAAAAACAAUACGAGUCACAUUAAUUUGUGACCCAUAAUGUUUUCUAAAGGUAAGCAAUUAGCGGUAUUAACUACAGGGUACACUAUCAUCACCAUAGCAAUGUAAAAUCUCGGCAGGGUAAUAUACAAAAUAACACGUCUGCCAAUGACAGAAGCCGUUUUCGCUCUAAUUUAUAAUGAAAGCAGAUUUGGCAAAUUAGAUAAACAAACAUUUUUGGUUAUUCCAUUAGGCUUUUAUUUAUUUAAAAAAAAUUUUAUGAUCUUAAAUUUUUUUCUGAAUAUUCGAAUAGUGAAACAGUAUUCGAAUAUUUGUGUAAUGAACAAAUAUUCGAAUAUUCAUUGCCAUCCCUAGUUUAAUAAUUACCUGAUAAAGUAUUAUAUUUUUUACAUUUUCCCUAUUUUCUAUCAAUACAUACAGCAGGUAUAUUACAGUAUUGUCUACAUUAGUGUACAGUAAAUUGUAACAAAACUUGUUUAAUUGUCACAUACACAAUAAAGACACUUUGGGUUUGUCACGAUAAAAGAACUUGCACAUUCCCAAGUUCCAGAUUGUUGAAUAUAUAUCUCGCUAAUAUUAUAAAUAUACAGUUUGAAAUAACAAAACAUGUGAAAAUCAAAAUUGUAUUAAUAUUAUUUGUGAAAGACCUACGUAGAAUGUUAAUAUCGUACAUUACUUCAGAUUCACUUGAUCCCAUUCAUUGUUUCUUUACUGUGCAAAUACACACCUGUUAAUGAGAUUUUACCAAAGAUGCUUAUGCAGACAAGUUGAUUCUUAUCAGAAUGACUUAGAGAUUUUUACGAAUUUUCACAGAAGACUUUGUUUACUCUGUUGUGUUUUAAAACCAUGCUGGUAAUUCAAUAUACAGGAUUUUGCAUCGAAAAAAAAGAAGAGAUAUAUGACUAUGUACUUGGUUUGAAUACAUGUACUACAAAUUGACAGUGACUUUCUGGAGAUCAGUACUUGGUGGGGGGUUUUUUUUUGGGUUUUUUUUCUAAUCUAAACAAUUUAUUGUACCCGCCCGCUUAGCUCAGUAGGUAAGAGCAUUUGUCUACAGAUCGCGGGAUCGUGAGAUUGAUCCUCGGGCGGGGCGUAUGUUCUCCAUGACUAUUUGAUAAACAAUAUUGUGUCUGAAAUCAUUAGUCCUCCACCUCUGAUUCAUGUGGGGAAAUUGGCAGUUACUUGCAGAGAACAGGUUUGUACUGGUACAGAAUCCAGGAACACUGGUUAGGUUAACUGCCUGCAGUUACAUGACUGAAAUACUGUUGAAAAACGGCGUUAAACCCAAAACAAACAAACUAAACAAUUUAUUGAAUCGAUGUAGCGGUGCGGUACUUUAAAGGGCAUUUUCAUUACUCUCAGUUUCUCAUAUCAUAACCAGUUUCAACUCCUAUUUGAUGUAUUUGUUUCAUUUUUUGUCUGUUGUCUUUUUCUGUACUUUUGUGUACAUUUAUAAUCUUGAUGUAGCCAUACUUUCGGUGUUCAGUGUGUCAGCAAAGUUCAUUGAACAUCUUGGUUUUAAUAGAUUUCUUCUGUUGAAUUAAUGAGGUUAAAAAGUAGGUGAUUGCAGAAAACAAUCUUCUGAAACUUUUUACGAGUUUUUCCUGCAUCCUGUUUUUGCAUCUUCCUUAUUUUGAUAUAUUUAUUAAUGUUGAAAAAAUAUGUUUUAUCAAAAUUCGGGAUACAUUUUCAGCCAACCCACUUUGCUCAUUAGGGAGAGCGCAGAUCUGUGGAACAAGGGCUCUUUAGUUCGAGCCCCCGACAAGGCGUUUGUUCUCUGGGACAAUUUGAUAAAAGACAUUAUGUCUGAAAUUAUUCGUCCUCCAUAGGGAGUACUUGCGCAGGACAGGUUACAAACACAAAUUGCAAUUUUUUUUGCUAACAUGACCAACUUGUAGGUACACCAGCUGAAAGUGGCUUGUAAUAACAAAUUCCAUUUUAUUUUUCAAAUUCUCUUACUUUUACCACAAACUGAAGUUAGAUUUUCAGAGUUAGGUGGUCAUAUUUUUGUCACGUUUUUGCAUUAUCACACAUUUCAACAUAGGUAAUUGUGACAUUAAAGAAAGUUUCGAUUUAGUAAGGUGACCACAUUCUGCCUCAGUAAAAUAGUACAAUAAAUCAUUGAUUUAUGUCAUGACAAAAAUACACAAGUCUUACUUUAAAAGACACAAAAUACGAAAAAGAAAUUUUGUUUUCUUCUUAAGGUAGUGGACCUGAAAUGAAAAUGGGCGAUUCCGUUCUGUACAAAUGUAUCAUUAUUUUUAUGUAUUCUCAGAAUUCGAUAUCAUCCAGUUCUUAUGAAAAAUUAUUUUCUAAUGUGACCUAAGGAUGCCAACAACAUAUUACGAUGAUACAUAUUCGCACGAAAAUAGCCAAUUGUCAUUGUGGAUGCAUUACCUUAAUUUCAGAUAUUACAUUUUUAUAUUGCAUGUGGUAUUUUCAUGCACAAAACAUGGGUUCCAAUUGCAACAAGGUAUUUAUUUACUUUUAUAUGAAGGCAUUAUUUCUUGAUGUGUAUGUAUUAUGUCUUCUGUUUACCAUAUCAAUUGUUCUAUCAAGUUAUUUUGUUUUUACAAGAAUCUCACUUUGCAUAUCAAUAUGAUUUAAUUAUGUCUCACACCAUACAGUGGUGUGGGAGACAUAUUGAUUACUCCUGUCUGUUUGUCUGUCAGUCUGUCUGUCACAAAUCUUGUCCGUACUUUAACUCGAACAUUUCUCAUCUGAUCUUCACAAGACUUUAACAAAAUGUGUAUGUCAAUAAGUCCUCUGCCAUCUGAUAACUAGCCAAAUCGGCCCAGGCACUUCAGAAUUUUGGCCCUUGAAUUACAGAUAGGCUGGUUACUCUGACAUGUGAAUUACCAAUAGGCCGCUUACUCCAACACGUAAAUAAUAUACAGAGACAGACUUACUAUUCAGAUGAUUACGCAGUUGUGGGAGACAUGCACUUUUCUUAAAAGCACCUUCAGGUGACCAAAGGAUGCCAACAUCAUAUUAUGAUGAUAACAUAUUUGCACGGAAAUAGCCUAUUGUCAUUAUGGAUGCAUUACCUUAAUUUCAGAUAUUACAGUUUCAUAUUGCAUGUGGUAUUUUCAUGCACAAAACACGGGUUCCAAUUGCAACAAAGUAUUUAUUUACUUUUAAAUGACGGUAUUAUUUCUUGAUGUGUAUGCAUUAUGUAUUCUACAUGUCAUAUCAAUUGUUUUAUAAAGUUAUUUUGUUUUUAUAAGAAUCCCACUUACAUGUGUAUUUAAACGAUUUAAUUGUUUAGAUUUUGUGUAUGUUAUAUAAUGAUAAUUGUAUAGGUGUUUUAUAAUUUAACACAUAUUCUGUUGAUAUUCGUGUAUUGUGAUGUAUUUACAGUAUUGUGAUUUAUAUUUUUGCAUUUUUUGUUAUAUUACAUAACAGCUGAAACAUUUUUAAAUGUGAAUAUGGCUUAUUAAAUAUCAAAAUGAUGCUUGUAAUUUGUAUAGUAUGUAUAUGUUACUUUGAUUUUGAUACAGUUUGUUUUAUUCCAGUAUUUUAUAAACGUUUUUUUCAGAAAAGCAUAAUAUUUUCAUUUCUUUUAAUCAGUGAAAAGUAUCUUCUACCUUUCACGAAGUUGGGCAACCUGUACCAGCAUAAUGAUUAUCACUAUGAUUAUCACCUAACAAUAUAUACUGUGAAAUCAUUAAUAUUCAUGGGGGACUAAUUUUCCUGGAUUUUGUUGUUGAGUCAAUCCACAAAAUUUAAUCUCAAUGAACAAGUGAAAUUCCUGUUCAUUUUAUGUUCAAAAGUUGAAAUCCACAAAUUCAUAUCCCCAUGAAAUUGCCGUUUGACCAAAACCAUGAAAUUUCAUGCCCUUGAAAUUUAAUGAUUUUACAGUAGCUUAAUUACUUUGCAAGUCUCUUAUGAUUUCCUUUCAUAAAAAAAGUUAUAAGAUAGUUUAUUAUUUUUAUUAUUGUUAAAUUGACACUUUUUUUUAUAUAAAAAAGUACCUUUUGGAUAAGAAUAAGUUUACUUGAUAUGUCAUAAUUUGAGAACAGUAGUCAAAACACAUGUAUGAGAACAAUAUUAUGUACCAGAUCUUUUUAGAAGUAAGGAUAUGAAAUAAAUACUUUGUGAUAUAUCAGUAGUGAGAGAAAAGAAUAAAUACUUUGUGUUAAUAUUACCAGUAGAAAAAAUACUAUGUCGUAAAUAAAUUGAAGACAUUGUGAUAAACAUGGAUCUCAGGUUAAUGAGUUUGAGCCCUGGGUGGGGCGUAUGGUCUCUGUGAUGAUUUGAUAAGAGACAUUGUAUCUGAAACCAUUCGUCCUCCACCUCUGAUUCAUGUGGGGAAGUAGGCAGUUACUUGCGGAGAACAGAUUUAUUCUGGUACAGAUCCAGGAACACUUGUUAGGUUAACCAGAAUAAAAUUGUAAUAUCAACUGAUUGAGCUUCUUCAGCUGCCUGCGCU